CUUUGCUCUGCACUGCUCCUCUGCUGAAACGCUGGUGCAGCAUUUUUGUGGUCGCGAAUGUGUUUUGUAUCGGUUUAUCGAAGUAGUUUUCAGAGCAGCCCAUUAGUUUUUAGUUUACCUUUUUCUCAGUUUCUUCAUCCAUCACGGACUGCAAGAGUUGCUGACCAAUUGUUCCCGAUCAGCAGGAUUGAAUCGGAGAUAUAAAUCUGAACGGCUCGUAGGGUGACACUGGUAAAAUGGAUCAACAGAGUGGAAGCGGUCACUGGCAGCAACGUCCGGAAGCGAGUUUCGGGCCACUGCGGGCUCCCAAAGGCUUAUCGGUAGACGCUCCCGUAUUCAUCCCAAAACAGCAACAACCACAAACACCACAAUACAACUCAGCAUCACACCACCAGCAGCACCGCUACAGAGGUGAUAACGUUGGUGGUGGAGGCGGUGGAGGAGGAGGUGGUUGUGGGACAUAUAAUAUGGUUCCGAGCGGGUCGCACUACCAGCAGCAGCACGAUACAGGAAACGGGACCAUGGUCAACGGAACGGACUCGGUUUGUAAAUCGACCCUCUCGGAUCGGUUAAAAAAUUUACAGAUUGCCAAUGUGCCGGGUCCUCAACAGCAACAGCAGCAGCAGCAACAACCGCACGUGGGGCACCACAGUUACGGCGAAAACAAGGACAUGCGUAAUCCUGCGCACUAUAACCACCACCAACAUCAUCCGAACCAGCACUAUCCUCAACAUUCGCAGCAGCAGCGUCUUCAGCAGCAACAUCAUCAACAGCAACAUCACCAACAACAACAACAGCAACCGCAGCAGCAACAACACAUGCCAAUGCAUCAGAACGCAGCUGGCCACUAUCCGUUCACGGUUGCGGGCAUGGGAUACUCUUCGACAGCGCUCAACAAUCACCUGCACCAUCCGAUACUGGGAGGAAUGGCCACAGUGGCUGGUGCUAAUGGGCCUGGCAUGUUGCCGCAUGAUAAUCGCAACAAAAAUAAUUCCUCCGCAAUUCGGUCCAGGUUACAGAACGCUCAAAAUUUUCAGCCACAUCACCAGCAGCAGCAACAGCAGCAUAAUCACCAUCAACAGCAUCAGCAACAACAUCAUCAUCACCAUCACCAGCAGAUGUCGCAGCAUAUGCGAGGUGGUCACAACGAUUAUGGACCUGACGGUGAUGCUGAACAGAUUUCGGAAAACGAAACACUAGCUCUGGAAUACCUGGCGGAGGUAAUUGCUGAACUGUACGAUAAUCCGGGCAUGUUUGAAAAUAUCCAACGAAAGCUAAAGGGCACUUUCGCUGAGUUCCGAAACAAUCAUUUCGUGCUGAGCAACGCCGUAGAGUUGAUCUUCGAGCAGUCCAUCAAGGAGCAAAAUUUCCGCUACAUGGGAGCCCGCCUCUGUCACCUGCUGGACAGUCUUGACGGUAGGCCAGAAAGUGUAUUGCGCCAGCUGCUGGGCAUGAAGAUGAACCACCAGCAGUCAGAACUACAGGGCUUUAUGCAGAACGAGCAGAUCAAAGUGCGUGGGACGACCCUGUUUCUGGCCGAGCUGUACAUGCAACUGAGGAAACCGCAGGACAAUAACAGUCAAAUUGCAAGUAGAAUAACCGGAGCAGCGAAAAUCCUACUAAGUAAGGAAGGUCCGGAAAACAUCAAGUGUGUUUGCCAGUGCUUGAAGCUCUGUGGGUUUGAACUGGAGAGAGACUGUCACAGCGAGCUGAUGGGUAUACUGACAACACUAGGAGGCCUGGAAGGCCUGGUAGACUGUUCAACCGGGCGAUUUAUCCGAUCGGUGCUAGAGUUGCAGCAAAAAUCCUGGGGACGUAAUGAAGAAGUUGUACCCGUUGCUGUACCGUCCGUUUCCGAAGCAAACGGUGAAGAAUUCAUCGACAGUCCCGUGUUUUACGGUCCUGACGGACAGGUUAUGACGGAGGAAGAGAAUGACUUCCUCGAAACGGCUGCACCUGUUGCGUUCGAGGAGUUUGAGGACGACGGUGAUCCUGAUGAACUGGUGGACGAUGACAACAUGGACAUGGAGAUCAAAAUGGCAUUUAAGGACUUUGUGGCGAGUUCUAAAAACCGACAGCCGUACUAGCUGUUAGCGAUCACGAAUGCACUGCCGACGAUUGUUUCGCUUUCCGCGGUUUCCGUUGGACCAGAAAGUGGACACUAUUCCAGGCAUUACUAACCAGUGUCUACAAAACAAAGGCAGCAGCAGAAGAAAACCUACAUUCAGAUCGAUAGUAAUGAGUAUCCUAUUUUUAGAUAUUUAGGUUUAAGCCAAAAAUAAGCAAGCUUGAAAGAAAUCGGAAUGUGCAAGUCAAGCCAACUAAAGUCGAAACCUUUCCCUACCCACAAACUUUCAAAAUUCCGCCAUCAGCAACCCCUGUAAGCUAUAAGUGAAAAGCACAAUAUAUUGUUGAAUCAGAAAUCAGCUAUGGAGGUAGAACGGUUUGUGACACUACGUAGGAAUUCUACUUAAACCAAGAAAAAGAACAAGGAUCAGAUUAUGAGUAGGCGAUUUCCAUUUUUUCUUAGUUUUUUUUCUUAUCAGUUUAUUAUUAUUAAAUGAAAUCAUUGUGGAUUUGUCAUCAAAUGAGCUAAUUGUGAAGCAUAAAUUAUACAAUAAAUCAGUGGAUCAAAAAUCGUAAAGUGAAAGCUAUACUGACCAAUUUUUCCCUGAUUGAGCCUAAAAUAUCAAAAGUCGAGCUUGACCAUCACCGAUUCUGCAGAAAUUUAGCCCAUGUCAAAGUUAAAGAGAGCAUACCGUAAGCUGCAACUAUUCAGUCAAAAUGAUUCGUUAACUUGUGGAAAAUACAGAUCCUUCCAUAACACACAAACAUGCGCUAAGCUUCGUCCGACUAGAGCAGUGUCUAGGUUGGUCAUCGGCUGUUUUAAUAAUUGCUGCUAUCCGUUAAAUCAUCCGAUCCAUUACGCAGAGCGAACUCAGUCUUUCAAGUCCUUUCGGUAGUAGAUCCUCCGCCACUACUUCAGGCUUUGUCGCGGUUUCAAGAAUCAUCUCAAAACCUUUCCAAAUAACAACAAAAAUCGUUUUGACUAUU